GUUGCUCCGCCCAACCAAGCGGCGGUGCGCGCCUUCGCAUUCACACUUGACACGCAUCGAAGAAGUAACUAGGCGCGUUCACAGCGUUCGUAAUUUAAUGAUAUAUUUUGGACUACUCAGACAACAGAUGAUUGUGACACUUUGAGCGUCAAGGACGUCAGAUGUGUAUCCGGAACGUGUUUUGCAUGUUUUCACAACAUGUCAGCCUCUGCAGCUCCUCCAAAGGAUUGCUCCCCAUCUAAAUCCCCAACGUGACGCCCCCUUUCCUACCUGGGAAUUGUCAAUCACGGACCCCCUGUGGGCAACUCUACCUGGCGGCGCGUGCCCCUGCCCUCUGAGUGAGGAGGAUGCGCGCGCACCACCACCUUGACACCUGUCAUCGCGGGCGGGAGGAGGAGAGACUCUGUUGGACUGGCAGCAAUUGUGAAGCUUUGAAGACCCCGCCAGCGUCGCCGCAAUGAAUGAACGACAGGCACUCCACUCCAUCAUGAAGGACCUGGUGGCCCUGCAGAUGACGCGGCGGCAACCCGUCCUACCGUAUGAUGGCGGUGGCGGUAAACUCAAGACACCCGCUCAGCCUACUCGACAGGAGAACAUCAGGAUCAAGUUUGAGUUUUCAGGCGAGAGGCGGAUCCUCAUGUUUGAGCGACCCGUGCAGUUUGACGAAAUCCAGCGCAAAGUCAAGCUGGCAUUUGGCCAGCAGCUGGACCUCCAUUACGUGAUCAACGAGUUGACUGUCCCGCUGCGAGGCCAGGACGACCUGGACAAGGCCGUAGACCUGCUGGACCGAAGCGCCAGCAUGAAGAGCAUCCGGAUCCUGCUGCUGGAACGGGAACGCGACAAUGCCCGGCACUUGCCUUGCACGCAAGUUCGAAUCAAAGCCUCACAGUCCACCGGAGACGUCAGUGCUGCGUACUCGUCCUCUGAGCCUAGGGGGCGCCACUUGUCCACCGGUUCCCAGAAUGCGGGGCGCAGCUCGCCGCCACCGGGCUACGUGCCGGAACGCCAGCAGAGGAUGGCCCGCCAAGGUUCCUACACCAGCGUCAACAGCGAGGGCGAGUUCAUCCCGGAGACCGGUGACCAGUGUGUUCUGGAUCCCUGGAGCAGUGGUGAAAAUUCCGUGUCUGGAAGCUGUCAGUCUCUGGAUAGCAACUCAGACAGCCCCUCCCUGAGGAAGUCUCGCAUGCACAGAGCCAAGAGUUAUCCCGACAACAGACAAGAGCUCUCGGACAGGGAGAAGCACGUUUACGAGCGCAUCGUCGGCAAGGGGGGCACGUACCCUCGCCGCUACCACAUCUUGCUUCAUCAAAAAGACCUCAGCGAAGGGCGACGCACCUUUCCUCGCAUCCGUCGCCCGCAAGUGAACCUCUUCACCCUGGUGCCUUCACGCCGCUCGCUCAACGGCAGCGAGGAAAGCAUGGGCAGCCGGCAGCCGACGGACGGCCGGGGCAGGCUCCGACCGCCGCAGGAACGCCCCGUCGCCCAUAAAUCGCCCAGUGCUCCCGUGACAUGGCGGCGGGGCAAGCUCCUGGGCCAGGGGGCCUUUGGGCGGGUCUACCUGUGCUACGACGUGGACACGGGACGGGAGCUGGCCGCCAAGCAGGUCCACUUUGAUCCUGACAGUCCAGAGACAAGCAAGGAGGUCAGCGUCUUGGAAUGCGAGAUCCAGCUGCUGAAGAACCUUCGCCACGAGCGCAUCGUGCAGUACUACGGCUGUCUGAGGAACCGCACCGAGAAGACCCUCACCAUCUUCAUGGAGUACAUGCCCGGCGGUUCUGUCAAAGACCAGUUGAAAGCUUACGGGGCGCUGACGGAGAGUGUGACGCGAAAGUAUACCCGUCAGAUCCUGGAGGGGAUGUCCUAUCUCCACAGCAACAUGAUUGUGCAUCGAGACAUCAAAGGGGCCAACAUUCUGCGAGACUCUGAGGGCAACGUCAAGCUGGGUGACUUUGGGGCCAGCAAGCGCCUGCAGACCAUCUGUAUGUCCGGAAAGGGCAUACGCUCCUUGACCGGCACCCCCUACUGGAUGAGUCCCGAGGUUAUCAGCGGGGAAGGCUAUGGCAGGAAGGCCGACGUCUGGAGUCUGGGCUGCACGGUGGUGGAGAUGCUGACGGAGAAGCCCCCGUGGGCCGAGUACGAGGCCAUGGCGGCCAUUUUCAAGAUCGCCACGCAGCCCACCAAGCCUCUGCUGCCGGCGCGCACCUCCGAGCAGGCGCACGACUUUGUCCGGCGCAUUUUUGUCGCGGCUGAGCGACGGCCCGGCGCCGAGGAGCUGCUCGGGCACCCUUUCUCGCAGGAGUAACUUGGAUGGAUGGAUGGAUGGAUGGAUGGAUGGAUGGAGCGUGUGGCAAAGGGGCAGGUGGGCUGUGCUAAACAAAUGCUGUCGCUGCUUCAAACUGGAAAUGUGAUGAUCACUGGCUGUCUUUCAUUUGCUCUGCAGUGACAUGCACAUGUUUGGCUUGGAAGAUCUUUUCACAUUGGCAUUAAGGAAAGGAAUGCAAGUUUCUGACUUUGGAAGUUUGCACUGAAGCAUUGAUUGAUGGGUUGGUUGUUGUUUCAGGGCUCGUGUAGUGUUGGAAAAGGCAGUAGAAGGUUGUUUGCGCCAUCGAACCACGAAUGAACCUGCUGCCCUUGUUACUGGAUGCAGUGUGCAACAGCACCACUUGAGGUCGCCAGAUCCUCUUUAUGGUAACCUUAAUGGAGGCUGAUGAUCACAUUUCUAUUUUAGUUUAGGGUUUAAAGGACAAAGGCCGUAAGAACAAAGCUUUAACAGUCAAACGUUAUCUAACCAGAUGCACUUUCUUUCAAAAAAGAAAGAAGACCGCCACCCAUUCGAUUUGUAUUGACUUUAAACGUGAUUUUUUUUUUUUUUAAUUUAUGCACCUAUGCCUGUUCACUUGGAUUUGAUAUAUUUUAUACCGGUAUUUUGAAAAAGAAUGGGUAGAAAGCAGCUGGUCUUGCAAAUGUGCCAAAAAUAUGUAUCUCCUUUCUUUCGAUGUACAUGCAGGGGAAAAAAACUGGCUGGCCGGGUUGUGUUCGGGGACACGGACAACAUUUCGAUCGAAUGACAUUGUUAAAAAUGGACAUUUGAAUUUGCAUUUCUAUUCUCACCUUUCAGAUAUACUUCAAGAGCAUGCGGGAUGUUUGAUGAUUGAGCCAAAAGACGACUAUGUUCACCAUGGCCAUGCGGCGGCUGCAACAUUAGGUAGACCUGCACCAUAUCAAUUGUUUUAGAAGCUAUCCGUAACCACAAUAAUAACAGAAAACGUUUCAGAUUAAAUGGUUAUUUUAAAGUGCAAUAAAAAUGAAGUUGCGUUGAAAAAGCACCAUUGCUUUUCAUUUUGGAUGAGUAUUUUGCCGCACAAAACAAAGUUUGAGUCAUUCGCAGGUGUACCUAAUGUUUUGCCUUGUGGCUGAAUGUAGAGGCUAAAUGCUCAAAUGCUUUUGAACAUGAGCUAGUUAACACAUUUCUAUAUGAUGUUCAUGUAUUUAUCGACAUUAUCGUGACGAGACUUGCCGUGCAAGGUCAAAAUGUAUAAAUGUAUUUUACACAAAGCAGAGUUGAAUUCAUUUAAUGUCUUCAAGUGUCUUCUAGAAUAAAAGAAAUGGUUUUGGAAAA